UUUUGUUAAAAUAAAAAUCUAAAUUCCGUCACCUUGACGUUUGAGACCAAAGAGGUCCGCUCGCGCUUGCGCAGACGCGGUUGGUAAAUGCAUCAUCUUUUUGAACUGUGGAGCUUUUUCAUUGCUGCUCUGCUCCAUUCCAUGUUUUCGGAUUGUCUCAUGCUUCGUGUUCUGUGUGAGAGAAGCCGAGUCUUGUUUACAGUGUUGAUUCUACGGAGCGGAGAUCGUCAGAAGAGUCUUGUCGUCACUGAGGAGUUAAUACGCCGCCGUGCAGACUUGAGUAUUUAUCACUAGGUUCACGUGCUAUUUAUUUAAACAGUUCGUGAUUUUAUAAGGUGCGGAAAACGAAAACCACGCUCGGAAGCCUGACGUGCUCAUUCUUGCACCUCGAAAAAUGUUUUUUUUUUUUUUUUUUUUUUUUUUUUUCCCUACCGCAAAACGGACCGACCGUGAGAGCCCGUGAAGACGGUAGGGGAGGGUGAGACGGGGGUAGUUGUAGUUGGUGAAACCAUUUUUGUCCUGGCGAAUAUUUUGGAUCUAGCCCUGUCGGGAGGCUUUAUUGAGGCGUGCUGCGAUUUCAUUCAUACAUAGAUACGCUAUCAGAGUCAUCACGCUCUAUCGACCGGACCUCAGAAUCUCUCUAGACAUCGAUAUAAUCUGAUUCAUCACAUUGGAAUAGGAAACAUUCUCCAAGGUGUUUUUGUUGGAUGAGAAUCCGCUCGUGUGGCUGGUACUAGUCCCACUCGGUUUUCAAGAAAUGGAGGCUGAAGAUGCAGAUUAUCGGUCGAGCGAAUUUCGGGGCUCUGGUGAUUUAAUAGACACGAUAAAUUAAUCUUGAUGUUUCCAUUAAAGGAAGAUUAUAUAAUUAUUACCAGAUCCCUCCUUGCCUCCCGUUAUCUUGAGGAUUUAAGGAACUAUCUGCAUAUUCGAAGCGGAAUCUUGUGGACUUUUCUCUUGCUUAACAGAAGAAGCGUCUCAUUUUGCUUCGGUUUUACAUUACUGCGACAAGACUUUUUUAUUUUUAUUUUAUUGAUUAAUAUAUUAGGAAUGAGAUCUGGAGCAGAGAGGGAUGUUUGGACCUUUUUUAGGGGUCCUGUGCUGUUUCUCUUCACCAUCUGCCUGUGGUCUGCUCAUGGAGAAGUCUGUGGUCCUCACAUUGAUAUUCGCAAUGACAUCAGUGAGUUCAAGAAGCUGGAGGACUGCACGGUGGUAGAAGGCUACCUGCAUAUCCUCCUCAUUGGUGACAAGAACAACAACCUCAACCAAGAGCACUUUCGCACCCUAUCCUUCCCUAAACUGACCAUGAUCACAGACUACCUUCUCCUGUUCCGUGUCUCUGGCCUGGAUAGCCUUAGUGUGCUCUUUCCCAACCUCAGUGUCAUCCGAGGACGUAACCUGUUCUACAACUAUGCCCUGGUCAUCUUUGAAAUGACCAGCCUGAAAGAUAUCGGCCUUUACAACCUAAGGAACAUCACCAGAGGGGCCAUCAGAAUCGAGAAGAACCCGGAGCUUUGCUACUUGGACUCGGUCGACUGGUCGCUCAUUAUGGAUGCAGAGUUUAACAACUACAUUGCUGGGAAUAAGCUAUCCAAAGAGUGUGGAGAUGUUUGUCCAGGUAUAAUGGAAGAUAGGCCGCAGUGCAUAAGGACCAGCUUCAAUGACAACUACAGCUACCGCUGCUGGACUUCGAACCACUGCCAGAAAGUGUGUCCAGAUAAUUGUGAGAAGAGGGCGUGUAUGGAUACGGGUGAGUGCUGUCACCCCCAGUGCCUGGGCAGCUGCACUGAACCAGACAACGAUAUGGCAUGUGCUGCUUGCCAGCAUUACUACCAUGAGGGCCAUUGUGUUGAGGACUGCCCACCGGGCACUUACAAGUUUGAAGGCUGGCGAUGCAUCACCAUGGACGUGUGUGCCAAUGUUCACCUGCCCAGUGAGGUGGACUUCGUCAUCCACAAUGGAGAGUGUAUGCCAGAGUGCCCACCUGGAUUCACCCGAAAUGAGACUCAGAGUAUGUUUUGUAGCGCUUGUGACGGAUUGUGCGAUAAGGUCUGCGAAUCUAAAACUAUUGAUUCUGUGGAUGCUGCUCAGUCCCUGCAGGGCUGCACGGUCAUCAAAGGCAACCUACACAUCAAAAUCCGGCGGGGCAAUAACAUUGCAUCAGAGCUGGAGAGUUUCAUGGGUUUGAUCCAGACAGUGACUGGAUAUGUAAGGAUUAAGCACUCUCACACUCUGGGCUCUCUGUCCUUCUUCAAGAGUCUGAGAUACAUUAAUGGGGAAGAGCUCACCGAAAAGAUGUAUGCAUUCUCUGCAGUGGACAACCAGCACCUGCAGUAUCUCUGGGACUGGAGCCAGCACAAUCUGACCAUUAGAGCUGGGAAACUCUUCUUCCGCUUCAAUUCCAAGCUUUGCAUGUCUGAGAUCCAGAAAAUGUGGGAGAAGACGGGCGUCAAGGAAAAGAUGGAAUUGGACGACGUUCGUGGCAAUGGAGAACGCGCAAGUUGUGAGAGUUAUAUUCUAAAGUUCAAGUCUAACCACACUCAGAGUACUCGGAUAAAGCUCACUUGGGAACGAUAUAGACCGCCAGACUACAGAGACCUCAUCAGCUUCAUAGUUUAUUACAAGGAGGCGCCAUUCCAGAACAUCACAGAAUUUGAUGGACAAGACGGAUGUGGCUCUAAUAGCUGGAAUAUGGUGGAUGUGGACCUCCCUCAGGACAAAUCAACCAAUCCAGGCGUACUUCUGUCAUCUCUGAAGCCCUGGACACAAUAUGCCAUCUUUGUGAAAGCUGUGACCCUGGUUGUGGAGGACAAGCACAUUCUGGGGGCUAAGAGUGAGGUUAUCUACAUUCGAACCAAUGCUUCAGCACCAUCAAUGCCUCUGGAUGCCCGUGCAUAUGCCAACUCCUCCUCAUCCCUGGUGGUGAAAUGGUCUCCUCCCAUCUCCCAAAAUGGAAACAAAACAUUCUACCUGCUCCGUUGGCAGCAGCAGGUUGAGGACCGUGAACUCUACCAGCAUAACUACUGCUCUAAAGAGUUAAAGAUCCCCAUCCGCAUCUCAGCCAUGGCUUUGUCAGACUUGGAAGGGGACACAAAGCCAACCAAAUCAGAUGCUGGCAUUGUUGAGAAGGACCCAUGCUGCCCCUGCCCAAAAACCAAGGAGGACCUAAAGGCAGAGGCUGAAGACCGCUCCUACCGCAAAGUCUUUGAGAACUUUCUCCACAACUCCAUCUUCACACCCAGACCUCCAGACAGAAAGCGUCGAGACCUGUUUGGAGUGGCCAAUGGCACGCUGGUACAUGGUGCAGGCAGGAACUUCACAGGGUUGCAAGGUAACAUCACCGACCCAGAGCUGCAGGAGAGAGAGUACCCUUUCUCUGAGGGCACGGCCCAUACUGAGUUCAUGGAGAUAUCCAACCUGCAGCCUUUUACCGUGUACCGCAUCGACAUCCACGCCUGUAACCACAAGGUCCAGCGUUGCAGUGCUGCGGCUUUUGUCUUCUCUAGAACCAAACCAGCAGACAAAGUGGAUGAUAUUCCUGGGAUUGUAACUCAGGAGAUUGAUGAAAAGGAAGGAACAGUGCUUCUUCGGUGGUCUGAACCUCUUCAUCCCAAUGGAUUGAUCCUCAUGUAUGAGAUCAAAUACCGUCUUGGAGCCGAGCCUGAAAAGCAUGAGUGCAUAUCACGUCAGCAGUACCGGGUGCUGCGAGGAGCUCAUCUUAGUAAUCUGGCCUCCGGAAAUUAUUCCGCUCGGGUCAGGGCCACUUCUCUGGCAGGAAAUGGGUCUUGGACUGAACCAGUGUUCUUCUACGUGCCACCCCACAAAAGAAAACAUGAUAAUGCCAUCUCUCUAGCCAUCAUCAUCCCUAUUAUUGUGGUAGUGUUGCUCUCAUUGGUGAUCACUGUCGUCAUCUUUGUCACCAAAAAGAGGAAUAAUGACAGGUUAGGAAACGGCGUCCUCUAUGCUUCUGUGAACCCUGAAUACUUCAGUCCUUUUGAAAUGUAUGUACCAGAUGAAUGGGAAGUGGCACGGGAAAAGAUCACCAUGUGUCGUGAGCUGGGCCAGGGCUCGUUUGGUAUGGUGUACGAGGGCAUUGCAAAGGGAGUCGUCAAAGAUGAACCAGAGACCAGAGUGGCCAUUAAGACUGUAAAUGAAUCAGCCAGUAUGCGUGAACGCAUCGAGUUCUUGAAUGAAGCUUCAGUCAUGAAGGAAUUCAACUGUCACCAUGUGGUGCGACUGCUGGGUGUGGUUUCACAAGGCCAGCCCACUCUAGUUAUAAUGGAGCUGAUGACACGGGGCGAUCUGAAGAGCCACUUGCGGUCUCUCCGUUCCAAAGAGCAGGGCUCUAGUAGCCAGGCUCUGCCCCCGCUGAAGAAGAUGAUUCAGAUGGCUGGUGAGAUUGCGGAUGGGAUGGCAUACCUCAAUGCCAACAAGUUUGUCCAUCGAGACCUGGCUGCCAGAAACUGCAUGGUUGCUGAGGACUUCACUGUUAAAAUCGGAGACUUUGGCAUGACACGGGACAUCUACGAGACAGAUUACUAUCGGAAAGGAGGUAAAGGGCUACUGCCAGUCCGCUGGAUGUCCCCGGAGUCUUUGAAAGAUGGCGUGUUCACUACAAAUUCUGAUGUCUGGUCAUUCGGUGUGGUUUUAUGGGAGAUUUCCACUUUAGCUGAGCAGCCCUACCAGGGCAUGUCCAACGAGCAAGUACUGCGCUUUGUUAUGGAGGGAGGACUUCUGGAUAAACCAGAUAACUGCCCCGACAUGCUAUUUGAAUUGAUGCGGAUGUGCUGGCAGUACAACCCUAAGAUGCGUCCAUCUUUUUUGGAGAUCAUCAACAGCAUCAAAGAGGAACUGGAGCCACCCUUCCCAGAGGUGAGUUUCUUCUACAGUGAGGAGAACAAGCCACCUGACACUGAGGAACUGGACAUGGAGGUGGAGAACAUGGAGAAUGUUCCACUGGAUCCUGCUUCCUUGCUUGCCCCCUCCUCUCAGGGGAGCAUAGGGGCCCAGACCCAGAGUCCACAAGCGCUUUCCCCAGCUCAGGGGCCAGGGACACCAACGGGGUCUGCCCCGAACCCCUCCACCUCACCUCCCUCCUGCUCAGCUUCUCUGGCCCUGGCCUUAGACAAGCACUCAGGACAGGUAGCAGCGAAUGGGCCAGUGGUGCUGCUAGGGCCACCUUUCGAUGAGACGCAGGCCUACGCACACAUGAACGGUGGGAGGAAGAAUGAGCGAGCGCUACCACUGCCUCAGUCAUCAGCCUGCUGAUUAUGACUUUCUCCCACCCUCCAUCUCCCUCUACUCUUCACACAGGGUACCCCCAUUUCCCACGCCCUUUUGUCUAUGUGGUCAUAUGUGUUUCCUUACGUUUGCAAUGAGUCCAAAGCUGACCGUGGAUUUGAUAACCAGAUAGACAAGUAUCCAACGUGGAAGUCAGUGGAUCAUUUUUUUGUAUGAUUUCAAAUGAUGGAGGAUGUUUCGAUCAUUUGUUUGUAUGAUUUCAAAUUAUAGCCCUGGCUUUCACCUGUGUGGAAAGAACCCGUCUUAAUGUUUUCUUAAAGAAGAAAACCUGCCAGUUAAUUGUGAAACAAGAGAGACAAGCAUAUUAGCCAGCAAGCCCAGCCCAUGAACACUUUAAGGAGGCGAAUGUGCAUACAAGUGUGUUUUUAUACAAAAAAUACACAUUCCCCUUAUCAGCGCAGUGCAUUUCUUUCUCUAAAACUUGUGUCUUUGUCAUCACAUUUCUAAAUCAAGAUGGAGCAGAGACUAGCUAAGAAUGCUUGUUAUCUAUCAGUGGGUGAGAACCAUCAUCUGAUUGGUCUUACUGGUUGCUCCACCCUUCUACUUAAUCCAUUUCAAGGGUGUUGGCUAAAGAGUGAGGUGGGCUUUUUGUAACUGCCAAAUUUUUGCCAAAUCAAAUUUCCGUUUUUCUAAAAAGGUAUUUAUCAUUACAUAACCCGAUCCCCCCAUUCACAUCUGAUUUUCUAGGUUGCACUUUGAAGUAGUGCAAUCAAGGGACUAAACUCUCAUACUGUCUUUGAUGGAGGAUUUCUGGACCUCGUCUUAUACAAUCAGCUUGAGUUUGUAAAUCCUUCCCCUUUUUAUAUGGCUUUGAUCUCUGACUCUUGCAUGGCAGUUCCUGCUACACAGCCCAUCUGUGAGCUCAGCCUCUGUCAGAGCGAUGUCUUGAGUGGAAAGAAAAGAGCAUGACGCUAAUAGCGAAGGUGAAGAGAUCAACACACUGCAGAGAGGCAGAUAUGAAUAAUAAGGGAUUGGCUCAGUCAUGAAGCAGACAGAAUACUGGGGCUUCGUCUGUUUUCACAUCUGUUUGCCAAGACGAGUGAGGCACUGUACACAGCAGGUAUUUUUUAGACUAGUCAUUAGUCUCUCUGUACAAUUCAUAUGAUUCUAAGAAAGGUCUUACAGUUGUAUGUUAGACCACAAGAUCAUUUACACACAAAUCAUUGGUUUGAGUCACUUUUGAUAACUUUUUACAGUUCUGAUGUUCACUUCUUUGUCUGUACAGAAAGAAGCUGCUAUUUGUUUUCUUUUGUUGGUG